UUCCUGGGAUUCCACUUAAAGGAAACCGAUUGUGGCAGAACAAAGAGCACUGGCGGUCCAGCUGUUUUUUGGGGAAAGAAAAGGAGCAGAAUAAAGAGUCUUCCUGUUGCUUUAAUGGAGCUGCUCUGUGUGGCUUGGGGCUGGGAAGCCUCUCUGGCUAUGGGAGUGAGUCUCCCUGCCUGCAGCAGGCGGCUCGCUGACUGAUCUCACUAACAGGGGCUUCUGUGUAAGCUGAGGCUAAACAAACACAGAUGGAGUUCAGUUUGCAUUCACCAAAAAUGCUGGCAAUGCGGCAGGGGCUUCAGAUGUCACAGCAGAGAGAGCGCUAGGGCAGCACACACACAGCUCCUCACAUGCACAGCGCUCUGCAGCCUGCAGCAGCCUCUCUCCCUGGCCCAUUCACUCAUCCCACUAGCCGCACUGGGCACAGGGGGGAUUAGUGGGCAGCCCUGAGCCAACACUUGGGCAGAGUUCUCUCCGCCACCCCCUCCCCCUGGCUCAGCCAUGAAGAACCUGCAGAUUGAGGAGGAGAAGCCCUGGAAGAAUCACUGCAUCAAGGAGAUCAGGAGGCUGAAGAAGAAGAGCCGGGAGGAAGCAGGGAUCAAGCAAGUGAAUGGGCUGAAAAGUUUCAAAGUGGACCUAAAAGUGGAUGAGGCUCCGGCAGAAGGAAGGACUGGGCAGCAGCAGGAGCUCCUGGGGGGCCGGGCAGGGGAGCGUGUCCUAGGGGGGGAUGUAUUGGACCUGAGGAACAAUGGGCUUUACCCCGGCAAGAAAGGGUUAAUGAAAAGCAGGGAGCUGGAAGGGCAGCAGCAGCCCAGGAUGGUGAUAUGUCCUGCACGGCCACCACCAGAGACUCCUUACUUGCCAGCCCCCCAAGCCCCUUACAGCCCAGACCCCUCGGCAUCGCCUAGGAAUCGGCUGGGGGAGACAGCAGGCGUCAAUUCAGAGAUCAAAGCCAUUCAGCAGACAAGGAGGCUGCUAGCCAAUGCCAGGGAGAGGACCAGAGUACAUACCAUCAGCGCUGCCUUUGAGGCUCUCAGGAAACAGGUCCCAUGUUAUUCCUAUGGACAGAAGCUGUCGAAGCUGGCCAUCUUGAGAAUAGCUUGUAACUAUAUCCUGUCCUUAGCCCGGCUGGCUGACCUGGAUUACAGCGUGGAUCACAGUAACCUGAGUUUCCCCGAGUGCGUAGAGCAAUGUACUAGGACUUUACAGUCAGAGGGAAGGUCGAAAAAAAGAAAGGAAUAACGUUGCGGUAACGUCUGGAUGUGCGAGACAAGAGCCAAGCAGGGUUCCCUUACUCCUGGCAAGCGCCGGAUGGUAAAUCCUGAAGACAAGCUCCUGGCUUUUAUGCUUGAGAGAGACAUCUGGAUAAAGGGCUUUCUAACACAGAGAGAGAGAAGUGCUGUUCUGUUCCGAACAAGUCAGCUAUUUAGUGUGUGCAAUUUAUUAUUUUGCUCUUCCUUUUCUCUUAAACUGGGAUAUUUUUAUAUCACUUCAUUGCACAGCAAGACUUCAACUUUUUUUUUUUUUUUUUGCCGUUGUGCCAAAGAUUAAACAAAGCAUUUACUUUCCCUUAAUUCCCCUGCUUGUGGAGCCAAAGGUUUCUCACAUAACGCACUCAUCUCGUGCUGUUUCUGCUUCUACAGCGGCCGUCACCCAGCAGCUACAGCCGGACUUUGGACACGGAGAGUUGCAGUUGUACAAGAUCCAAUUGGGGGGAUCAGGACCAUAAAAACUCAAGGAAAGAAUGUUCCAAAACAACCUACUCUCGAGUGCAUAAGAGAGUAUACUGGGCAGUCCUUACCAUCGUAUCUCACUGGUUUUUGUACUCAAGGGUAGGGUUGCCACCUGGCCGGUAGCGGCUAACCCUACUCAAGGGUAUUCUUUAUAAUUAUGUCAUCACGUGGUAUUAGAAUGAUGAUGAUGUCAUCACAUUUUAGGGGCUCUUGUUGGCUGCAGAGAGGAUUGUUGGAGUCUGAACAGAAGAUUUGGGUGGAGGCCCACAACAAUUAGAUGGAGACAGCGCUACUAGUAAUAGGUUUUAAUAUAUGGCUGAUGAAAGUUGGGAUUUGGGAGCUGCAGUUCAAGAAUAGUUAACUACAAACUGGGGGUUGACAACCGCCCCCCCAGUGAUCAUAAUUGUUUCCCUGAGACCUCAGGCUGGUGCUCCUGUUCAUAGUGCCCAGGGUACCACUGUAUAGGAACCACAGAUCAAAUUUCUUCUUGUCCUUGGAUCCUCUCUGCGGCCUGGGCCGGUGAACAAUAUGACUUUUUGCUUCUAAAUUCAGCUUUGUACUGGGCUGUAGAGAGGAAGCUGUAGGAGAAGGGGGCAUCAUGGUGCUCCUUCUGUAGUAGCCCUGGGCCAGAGCAGUAAACUGGAGCACCAGCCUGGGGUCUCAUGUAAGAAAUUAUAAUUUCUGGGGGGGGUACCUAUCAAAUUGGCACCCUCUUUGCUAUUUAUUUAAUAGUAGCAGUGAUUAAGACUAUCAAACCUAUGGCUCCUUAAUUGUUGUUGAUUUACAACUCCCAGACUUCAAUGAAGGGCUUCAGGUUGGACAACCUUGAUAUAGCAUUACUGUCACCAUUCCUCUUAUUACUGCGGUCCCCAACUCUUCCUGCCUACAAGCGCUGCUCUGUAGGUAAGUCAACCCUAUAUGGACCAGCUAAUGUCUGAUCAAUUCCCUGUAUAAUCCAUAGUAGGGAUGGCACUGAACUUGGCUGAAUGUGUCCCCAACAGAGCUAGGAAACAGUCCUUAUUGGAUGGACCAUUAGCUGCGCCAUUUUACAGCAGGUCAUUUGUGUUCCAGAGAGGCAUUGGGGCAGAAAGAAAUUAUUGGUGGAAUGAAAAGGAAAUAUUUAAGAGAGAAAAUGGACAUCUGGAUAUGGUUUCCCCUUUCUAUAUAUUUUAUAUGUACAUAAAGGCCCAGAACACCAUGAAAUGGAAAUGCCCAAAAUCUGUGUAAAGUCAUGGCCCUAUUUAUUAACUAAAUUAAAUAGAAUUCUAUUCCCCUGGACUUUGCCAGCCAAGUGUUUAAAUCUUAAUCUAAUUUUUUUUAACCAAAAUAUUUGCCAGAAAAGUGUUUUGAAAUUCUUUAUAAAUAGAAAUGUAAAAAAACAAAGGUUAAAUCAGAAAUGUAGGAUAUAUGUGGGGAGAUAUAUGUGGGCAAUUCCAAAUGGCGCCCAAAUGAAAAUGGUCUAAAAUGUCUGCGCUGUUUCUAGAUGAUAUAGAUUUAUAGGUAACUCCACACUAUAGCUGGGUACCCGUUGUUAUCAGUUAUUGGAAAAGGAAUGUUGGACUGAUCUCAGCUAAACAUGGCGGGUUAUAUAUAUGAUUAAUUCAGUAGGCUGGCGUAUGGAGUAAAGGUUACAGUAUGGAAGAAUAGAGUAGAA